AUGCAUCUUGGAGUAUCUUAUGGUAGCUAUCGUAAUUUUACAACAAGGACAUGUCAAACCAUUAGAGAUGUACUUAGGCAUCAUAAAUCAAAGCUAACAGAUCCAGAAAGAGCAACCAAUAUCGCUCUUGCUCUUGAUGGUAAAAACAUAGUGAUUCACAAGCCAUUGCCAGCUGCUUAUGGUUCGAUGUUUCGCAAUUGUAAAAAUGCUUAUUCCGUUAAGUUAACUGCAGUAUGCGAAGCAAGCUGUAGGUUUACUUAUUUACGUGUUGGUGAUUCAGGUAACUGUUUUUAA